AUCAGCUUGGUGUUUUGAUUUUACGAGUUAGCACUACCAGUCUGCACAAACCAAGAGUUCAUUGCAGGUGUAACCAUGCUGUGGUUGAUCUUGAUCGCCGUCAUUCCUAUCACUACAUGCCAGAGAGCCGACACAUGGGACAGUUGUGGAUGCUACUGGGAGACAUGGCAGGCCUGGUCGAAGUGCUCCAGUAGAUGUUAUGGCAGACAGAUACGUGAGAGGAGGGGUGUUUGUUGACACCAGACCAGAAUGUGGGACAUUUGAAUCCUGCGACAGAGGAAAUGGGGGUUGGGACAGAAGAGACUGCAACAAACACUGUGAUGCAGGUCGCUACAAUGGGCAAGGAUGCUCCUGUCCUCUGGGAAGAUAUGGAGAAUGCUGUGACAGCAUAACGACCUGCGCCAGACCAGUGUCUAUUCCAUACGGAAACGUUCACGGGGGGAAGGUUCCAGUAUAAUGACGUCAUCACCUACACGUGUGACACCAACUAUAACCUGACCGGUUCCUACGAGAGGACCUGCAUGGUUAACGGAGGCUGGAGUCGUUCUACACCAAGAUGUCUCUUCGCCGAGUCGUGUAGGAGCGGCCCGUGUCAGAAUGGCGGCACAUGUGUGGAUGGUCUGGCCAGGUACGACUGUGUCUGUGGAAGCGGCUGGACUGGGAAAAACUGUGAUGUGGAUGUGCAAGCUCCAGUGGUUGACCAGUGUCCUUCUAGUGUCCGUUUGACUACUUCAUCUCGUGAGAUGACCUACACAUGGACAGUUCCUGUCUUCUCUGAUCCCCAUGGCAACCCCGUGAAAACGUCCUCUGAUUAUGAUAGCAACAAUUUUACUUUCCCCUGGGGAGACUUCACCGUCCUCUACACUGCAGUGAAACCCAGCAACGGCCUUGAGACGAACUGCAGCUUUACAAUCAGUGUCAGACCCAAACCGUGUCCACCCAUCGUUGCCCCGAGCGACGGUUACGUCCUGUGUAACGGAUGGAGAGCAGACUAUGGGCAGUACUGUCUCGUUGGAUGCAACGCGAACUACUCUCUCCCACGCAGUUUUGACGCGAGACAGUGGCUAGUGUGUGGCGCAAGUGGACACUGGGCUCCAGAUUUGUUUCCACUACGAUGCAAAGUCGGAGAUGCAGGUGGCCAUGUGGUGUUGACGCCUGGAGACUGUCUCAGCGGGACUCACAAGCAAAAGGAAGACUUCAUCCAUGCUCUCAAACGGUCGCCUUUCAACUCUGUGUGCAUUGACAACCCUACUAUCUGCUCCCCUGACAAUGUCAAUGUUGUAUGCGGGGCAUAGAUGGUGGGCAGAUACGAAUGUUAUAAUCAGAUAAAUUUCAUAUCUGACUAUCGUCUGAAUGCUGAUGAAAUAAUUGAUAGAACUAUUAAGAAAAUAUAUUUUAUUUGACAGUCGUAAACAUAAAAUGUAUGGUAUAUUUUAGCAAAUAUAGCAUUUAUUUUGAUUGAACAGGAA